AUGAGUGAAGCAGGUACUUUCAAGAAGAAUCAUUCUUCAAGGAAAGGAAAGAGAGCUUGGAGAAAAAACAUUGACUUGGAGGAUGUUGAGAAAGGUCUAGAAGAGUCCAGAGAAAAUGAUAUACAAUACGGUGGUAAUCCUGAGGAGAUGGAUCUCUUCACUGUGGACACUAGUGGUUCAGAACAAAUCCGCAAGAAGAGGAACAUCCCCCCCUUGAAAUCUAGACAAAUUCUUGAGCAGCGUUCAAAGGUUCCUGCUUUGGAUUCUGGAAAGAGAAAUAGAAAGCCGGUUCCACAGCAACAAGUCCGUCGGUUGAUGUCACUUGCUGGAAGAACAGUUGGCAAGUCAAAGACAGUCGCCCUGAUCGAAAGAGAUGGAGUCAUCAAGACAGGUAAGAGCCUGGAAUUGUGGGGAUCUGAACCCGAGGAAGAAGUAAAGAAACCAUAUCUUCCUGAGGCCGAUCCUCCGACAAGGCCUGAAACACUAAACCUUCCUCCAGUCAGAGUAGCUACGCUGGAAGAUGUUCCUCAUGCGGGCAAGUCAUACAACCCAGCGGUCGAUAGUUGGAAAGACUUGAUAGAAAAAGAGUUCUUCAGAGAGAAGAAGGUAGAAGAUCAGUUAAUUGCUCUUGACGAGCAUAAGACACUGAUCAAGAACAUGAUGGUAGCUCUCGAGGAGGAGGAAGAACCAGAUCAAGUUGACCAAGAAGAAGAUGAAGAUUCUGAGGGAGAAAAGUCAAACAGAUCCGAUGUGCCAGAGAAGAUUGUGCACAAGAAGAAGACCAGAGUUCAAAGAAACAGUAUCAAGAGAGAAAAGGCGAUGUUACAGCUAGAGGAGGAAUUGCAACAGAUACAGAAAAAAAUGGAUCAAAUAGAUCAAUUGGAUAAGAUAGAGAAAGAGCUUUUGUUAGAAAAGUCCAAACCAAAGGCUACUAAAGCAAGGAAAACAAAAUCAAAACAUGAUGCUGUACUUCCAGAGCGUGUCGAGGUAAAGCUAUCAUCUGAGCUGACUGAUUCCUUGAGGAAACUGAAGCCUGAAGGGAAUUUGGCGUAUGAUCAAAUGAGAGCACUUCAAGCUACUGGUGUAAUAGAAACUGCUCAAAAGAAGAAGGAAGGGAAAGAGCCAUGGGUUAAAGUAAUUGAAAAGGCAUCAUAUGCUGAGUUUAAAUAG